AGUUCAGCACGUGGUUAAAGUUUGUAAUCCAGCCAGGGUGUAAAUAUCACUCAGCAGCCAGAGCUGAAGCAGGUAGCAUCAACACAUAAAUCUACUCUACCCGGCUUAAAUCACAAGAGCACCUCUGACCAAAAAGCUGAUUUUUCUCGUUUGCACAAAUUAAUUCAGAUUCACUAAUUCUGUUCACAGCUCCAACAAAAUGAGGAAGAGGAGGGAGAAACACAAUUAGAUUGAAUUACAAUUGGAUGGAAGUCGAGGACAAGGAGAAGGAAGCUUAGGAUGAGGAGGAAGAGAAGCAGCAGAAGCAUCUUUAGGGAUCUCUAUGAUGUCAUUGAGAGGUAGCGGCGAGAGGCGGGACCUCGACUCAUCCAGCUGGAGAGCCUGAUCAGGAGGCGUCGAACAUUAACUCUGCUCUUCCAGGGCACCCUGCAGACUCGGCUGCUGGCAACAGCGAGGGAGUGCGGCCGUCGCUGGGAUGACGUGAACGCCAAACAGGAGUCCAUCACAGGUCGACUGCAGCUCCUUGUCUCAGAGUGGGAGGGAUUUGAAGCACAAAGGGAGGACCUUGUCGUUUGGUUGGCUGAUAUGGAUGUCCACCUGAGUGAGGUUGACCAGCUGACAGGAAACACCUGUGAAAAGCUGAAACAACUGCAGGUGUUGGGGUUGUUUUGAUAUGACAUAUAUUUGAUAUGAUACAUGCGUCAAGAGACAUUGUCCUAAACUGGACUAACAAAGAACCAUGAGUCCAACAUGAAACUUACCCUUCAACUGAUUUUAAGGUUUAGUGCCCUUAUUUCUCUCUGAGUUAUCGAUUCUGUCACUAGCUAGCUAACAGUGACGCAAGGUGAAGUAUGCCACCCAAGAAAGGCCCAACACCAGAGGAGGUCAAGGACAUUAAAACCUCCCUCGGAGCGCUGUGCGGAGACGUGGCUGCAGUCAGGGUGCAGCAGGAGCUGCUUCUGGGGCUUCUGGAGGAGGUAAAACAGCUACGCCUCCAAAAUGCCGAGAAGGACAGACGGAUCAUGGAUCUCGAGCGGCGGGUGGAUGAGCUGGAGCAGUACACCCGUACGAACGACGUGGUCACCAGCGGUAUUAAAAUCAAGCCGCGCUCAUACGUGCGCGCGGUGGCCGGGAACGUCGGGGAGCCCAGCGACGAGGAGACCCGCUCGGUGGAGCAACAGGUGGCGUCCUUCCUCCAAAGCAAGGGGAUAGAGAUGGACCUGGAGCACAUAGAAGCACGUCACCCACUGCCCAGGAGGAGCGACAGACCGCCGGCCGUCAUUAUGAGAUUCGUCAAUCGGAAGAAUAAGGUCGCACUGCUGAAACAAGGACGCAAACUGAAAGGCACGGACGUUUUCAUUAAUGAGCAUCUGACACGAAAAAACGCAGACAUCGCGAGGAAGGCAAGGCAACUGAAGAAGAACGGUAAAAUACAACAUACAUGGGUAACAAACUGCAAGAUUUUCAUUAAGCUAAACGGGACACCAGAAGAGGCAAAAGUACUGAUAGUGAGGAACAUGGAGGAUCUGGACAAGUACAACUGACACUAAUGUAUCGAGGUAAUAUAUAACUCUAAUGACAAUCAAAAUGAUAAAUACACCAACAUCUCUAAUUACACCAGGAAAUGACAUGGACACGUUGAU